AUGGCUGGGCAAGGGCAGUCGAGCUCACACGCAGCAGCACUUCUGUUCAAGGUUGCAGAAGCAUCAAGUAGAGGGCUGACUGGGUCAUCAUGCACCGAUGUACUGUGCAAGUGGAACGCUUCCACUGCAAAGAACGUGGUACCCGCACCCUUGGAAGUCAUCUACGGACUCAAGUCAGGCAAGGCUGGGUUCCCCCAAUUUGACAGUCAUAGGGCACUCCAAGAACAUUUCAAGCGCUCUGGCUUCAGGAACAUAGAGGGGACCAUCCUGGCAUCUGUGAUGGACGCCCAACUGAAGAGUGCUCCCCUUCAAGUUGUGAGAGGCCCCCAGUCCCAUGGUUACCACUCCGGCGAGCUCCUCUGUGGCCCAUGCAAGAGCUUCUACGACGCCAACGUGGCACUGACCGCAGCAGCGAUAGCUUCGCUGGAGGAGCAGACCCGGGGCCAGGACAGCAACCAGUGGCAGACUGCACGAAAACUGCGGAUAACUGUCAGCACGGCUGGGUCCAUCCCGAAGACGGCCUCCCCAGAGAAAUGGAUCGCCAGGCGUCUGAACAAUACCUUUCGUGGGAACGAGAAAACAAGACAUGGCAGGAAAACCGAGCCGAAAGCCAGGGCUUGGUAUGAAGAUGACCAGGACUGCGUAAUACGGCUCUGCGGCUUGACCGUCCACGAAGGAAACCCAUGGCUGGCGGCCAGCCCAGGUGGCCUGAAAGCAGCUGGCAACGUGUUAGUUGAAAUCAAAUGCCCGACACCAGACACUCUAAAAAAGUAUGGCUCUCUAGAGUGCCUUUUUGCAUCUGGCAAGUAUGAAGUUAGGUAUGAUGGCCCAGAUCUUAUACUCUCGCCCAAGGGGAAAAAUGCAUAUUACACGCAAGUGCAGCUACAACUGUAUUGCUCUGGGCAACACUCAUGUGACUUUGUGGUAUUUGCAGAGAAGAAGGGCUACGUUGCUAAAGUGCCAUAUAACAAGGCCUUCAUUGAGAGCUUGCUCCCAAAACUGAAAUCACUUUAUUUCGAACAUUACCUGCCGGCACUUGUUGACCAGCAUGCAGGUUUCUGAAAUG